CUCCGCCUCCUCUGCUUCGCGAUACGGGCGGCUAUAUCCGCUGGCGUCACGUCGCUCCGGGUCAUCCCACCGCGUCCCGGCGAGGAGGAGAUCCCUGCUCUGGAUCACUUGGGCCCCGUGUAGUAGUAUCCUCCUCUGCUGUCUCCGCUGUCCUCUCUCCCCCUCGAUUCAAAAGUUCCUUCGCUUUUCCGAUCCGUCCCCGCCAGGUUCUCCUCAUCCGCCGCGUCUUGAUUGCGGCCGCUGUCCAACUCCCCGGCCCCAUCUUCCUUAUUUGGUCCGUGGGAUUUUCCAGCACCCACUCGCAUGUGAAAAUCUCUCUUCUUCCUUUCCCGUGUUUCUGUCACACGGAUCGGGUGGGUGGAGGUCGGGGACCUCGAGCUGCAGGAAACCGUGUUUCGUGCGCAGCCUUCGUUCCUACAUCUCCGUUUCCUUGGAGCGGCGUCUCGCCGUCCUGUCUAUAGAAGCUCCCUUCCUGAUCGAUUCUCAUCAAUCUUGCAUCUCUCUUCGCCACAAAUUUAAAGCUUUCUUUGUUUGGACUUGUGGAAGCAAUAAGUCUUGAAGCUUCCUUAGUCUGAUUGCAUCCAGGAGGCCCGGCGUUGGUCUCUCCUGCUCCUGUCGAUUGGUUGCUGGGAGUUCAGAGCUGUUGAGAUCUUCACAGGCAGGCUCCGAUAUCAGCGCGCCGGGAUGGCGAAUCUAGCCGCGCUGCGUCCGUGGCUCUGCCUGCUGGCGGCAAUGGCGGCGGCGUCGUGGUCCGGCGUCGCGACGGUGGAGGCACUGGGGAUGAACUGGGGCACGCAGGCGACGCACCCCCUGUCGCCCAAGGUCGUGGUGCAGAUGCUGAAGGACAACGGCAUCAAGAAGGUGAAGCUGUUUGACGCCGACCAGGGCACGCUCAGCGCGCUCGCCGGCAGCGGCAUCGAGGUCAUGGUCGCCAUUCCCAAUGUCCUGCUUGACAGGAUCACCGACUACGACACCGCCAAGGAGUGGGUCCGGCACAACGUCUCGCGCUACAACUUCGACGGCGGCGUCACCAUCAAGUACGUGGCCGUGGGCAACGAGCCGUUCCUGGCGGCGUACAACGGCACGUUCGACAAGGUGACCUUCCCGGCGCUGCAGAACAUCCAGAACGCGCUGGACGAGGCCGGGCUCGGCGAUACCAUCAAGGCCACCGUCCCUCUCAACGCCGACGUGUACAUGUCCCCGACGGACAACCCGGUGCCGUCGGCGGGGCGGUGGCGGCCGGACAUCGCGGACCUGAUGACGCAGAUGGUGCAGUUCCUGAGCAACCACAGCGCGCCCUUCACCGUGAACAUCUACCCGUUCAUCAGCCUGUUCCUCAACGACAACUUCCCCGUGGACUUCGCCUUCUUCGACGGCGGCGCGACGCCCGUGGUGGACAACGGCGUGUCAUACACCAACGUGUUCGACGCCAACUUCGACACCCUGGUGGCGGCGCUCAAGGCGUCCGGGCACGGCGACAUGCCCAUCGUCGUCGGCGAGGUCGGCUGGCCCACCGACGGAGACAAGCACGCCACCAACGCGUACGCGCAGCGCUUCUACAACGGCCUCCUCAAGCGGCUCGCCGCCAACACCGGCACCCCCGUCCGGCCCAACCAAUACAUCGAGGUCUACCUCUUCGGCCUCCUCGACGAGGACGUCAAGAGCGUGGCGCCCGGCAACUUCGAGCGGCACUGGGGCAUCCUCCGGUACGACGGGCAGCCCAAGUUCCCGAUGGACCUGACCGGGCAGGGCCAGAACACGAUGCUGGUGCCGGCGCGCGGCGUGGAGUACCUGUCCCGAACGUGGUGCGUCGUCAACACCGAGUCGCCCAACAUGGACAAGCUCGCCGACAACAUCAACUUCGCCUGCACCUUCGCCGACUGCACGGCGCUGGGCUACGGCUCGACGUGCGGCGGCAUGGACAGCAACGGCAACGCAUCCUACGCCUUCAACGCCUUCUUCCAGAUGAAGGACCAGGCCGACGAGUCCUGCGACUUCCAGGGCCUCGCCAGGCCCGCGCAGACGGACCCGUCCACGGCCGCCUGCAACUUCACCAUACAGAUCGCCACCACCUCGGCGGCGGGGCACCGGCGGCUCGCCGGGCCGCGCCGCGUGGCCGCCGCCGCCGCCGUGCUGUUCUUGGCGCAGCUGAUGAUCCUGCUGCAUUAGAGUGUGUGCACUGCUUAGAUAGGCAGGUUAUCGUUGAUCUUUGGUUGGUUUGGGGGCAUUUUUUUGCAGGGCGCGCUUGGAGAUUAUAGUUUGUUCGUUUGUUGGGGUUAUUCUUGGCGAAAUAAUUGGUAGGAACCAGUAGAAAGUGUUGUACUGGAGAUAUACAUGCGUACUUCAGGUUCGGAAUAUAUACUGAUGCGAGAUGCUGGACAUUGUAGUCAUGUCAUUUAAGCUUGUACAAUGAUGCAUGAAGAUACAGCAGCUCGUUGAAACACACUGAGCUGAACUGCUGAUACAAAUCAUUGGAGCUA